UACCAUCACGUGACUUCGUGACGAAACCAACGCGGAAGUGAGAGCGGAAAAAUUUGAACCCAUAUUUACAUUCCGUUUUGACCAUUUCUAUUAUUUACAUUCCUUUGUGGCUAUUUCUUGUGCUCGCUUACAAUGAGCAUAAAUACGUUGCUGGUAAAAAAAAGAAGAAAAGACUAGGGUCAUGAAUUAAUGCAUUUAAUUUAACGUUAUGUCGCUGGUUAGCUGUAAUUGUUAGCAGCGUUAGGCUAAUGUAGGCUAGCAUGCGGCUAACGAUAACAAUAACAUGAAAAAGAAGAAAUAAGAAGAUCCUCUUCAGCAGCGUCAUCAUGGAUCAUAUGCAACAAGAGGAGCACUGCAGCGACGGUGAGGACUUUUUCGGGGACUACGACAGCCUCCUGGAGGACACGUCCCUGCUGGCCAAACUGGAGCAGGCGGAGCGUGCGGAAGAUGACAAAAUGGAAUCCACCCUGCCGCCCGCGGAGGACAAGGACGCCCUCACCGACUCCAUCUUGGACGCUCUUGACGAGGACCUCUUCCGGGACUCUUUGCCGUCCAGCCAGCAGCAGUUCGUGGAACAGGAAGCGGAGAGGAGCAAAGCGCUCCAAAGCGGAGGACGGGACAAGAAGCGGAGGAGUGUGAGCGAGCACUUGAAGAGGACCAUGCGCUGCAACGCCGCUUCGCCCGCCAGCCUUUCCCGCUCCUUAGCGCUGAAGGAGGCGGUGCUUAGUGACGAGAUCAGCGACGCCAUGCACGCCAUGGAGACGGUCUCCUCUCAUACCACCGACCUGGGACCUUUUUUUGGACUCCCCACCAAAGUCAAAGAACUCCUCUCCAAACUGAGGGGCAUCAACAGCCUCUAUGAAUGGCAGGAGACGUGUUUAAAGUUGGAGUGUGUGCAGCAGAGGAGGAACCUGAUCUACACUCUUCCCACCAGUGGAGGAAAAACUUUGGUGGCGGAGCUCCUCAUCCUCCGGGAAGUUGUGUGCAGGAAGAAGGACUGCAUCUUCAUCUUGCCUUACGUCUCUCUGGUCCAGGAGAAGGUUCGUGGUCUGGCCUCCUUCGGCCUGGAGCUGGACUUCCUGGUGGAGGAGUACGCCGGCAGUAAGGGCAGGUUCCCGCCGGUCAAGAGGAGAGGAGGUCAAAGGUCGCUUUACAUCGCCACCAUUGAGAAAGCUCACAGCCUGGUCAACUCGCUCAUCGAGAGCGCCCGCUUGGACUGCGUGGGCCUGCUGGUGGUGGACGAGCUUCACAUGCUGGGAGACGGCAGCAGAGGAGCGCUCCUGGAAAUCACCCUGGCAAAAGUCUUGAACCUCAGCAGUCACACUCAGAUCAUCGGUAUGAGCGCCACCUUGGGGAACAUCAGCGACCUGCAAACUUUUCUCAAAGCUGAAACCUACAACAAUGACUUCCGACCCGUCCAGCUGAGGGAGUACGUGAAACUGGGGGACGGUAUCUACGAGGUGGACCCCAAAGAGGAGGAGUGUUUCCGGUUGUGUCGUCGUGUCAAGCUGAAGUUGUGUGGUGUCCAGUACUCCAGCGCCAUGCAGAAGAUGGACCCGGACCACAUCGUGGCCUUGGUGACGGAGGUCAUUCCACGCCACUCCUGUCUGCUCUUCUGUCCCACCAAGAAGAACUGUGAGAACGUAGCCGUCAUGAUCUGCAAGUACCUCCGAGAGGACUUCCUCCGACAGCGGCAGGCCGAGAAGGAAGUGCUGCUCCGAGAGCUGAAGGACAGCGGGAACGGUUCCAUGUGUCCGGUUCUGAGGAAGACGGUUCCGCUGGGCGUGGCUUAUCAUCACAGUGGACUGACGGGCGAAGAGCGGAAGCUGCUGGAGGACGCGUACUCUAACGGCGUCCUUUGUCUGCUCACCUGCACCUCCACCUUGGCGGCCGGGGUCAACCUGCCGGCCCGCAGGGUGAUCCUGCGCUCGCCGUACGUGGCCAGCGAGCUGAUCAAGACCAGUCAGUACAAGCAGAUGGCCGGACGCGCCGGUCGAGCGGGUCUGGACGAUGAAGGCGAGAGCAUCCUCAUCGUGCAGGACAAGGAGCGCUUUAAGGCCAAGGCCUUGUUGUGCGCCCCCAUGGAGAAAUGUUACAGCGCUCUGCUGGCGGACGAUGGAAAAUGUCUCCUCCAUCUCAUCCUGUCACUCGUGGGAUUAAAGGUGACGACGUGCGCGGAGAAGCUACAUGACUUCCUGCGAGGGACGCUGCUUUUCGUCCAACGGGAGCAUCUGUGCGAGCACUCCAGUCUGGACGUGGUCCUCCAGCAGGGUGUCCACCUCCUCCAGGUCAAAGGUCUCCUCAGCACGCAGGGCGACGCCUUGCACGUGACACGUCUGGGGAGGGCCACCUUCAAAGGUUCUGUGGACCUGAGCCACAGCCAAGUUCUGUACCAAGACCUGUGCAUCGGUCUGGAAGGUCUUCUCCUCAGCAGCUACCUUCACCUGGUCUACCUGGUCACGCCUUACGACAUGUCGCUGCAGUGCACGCCUGACUGGAUGACCUUCUACACCCAGAUGGCGUUGCUGUCGGCCGCGGAGCAGAAGAUGUGUGCGCACGUCGGCGUCCCUGAGAGUCUCGUGGCGAGGAAAGCCGCCGGACAGGCGGUGAAAAAGAGCGCCAACAUGGCAGCGAUGAAGCGCAUGUACUUGGCGCUGGUGCUGAUGGCGCUGCUCAAGGAGAACGACUUGUGGUGCGUGGCCCAGAAGUUCCAACUGAGUCGCGGCUUCGUCCAAUCACUUCUCAACUCGGCCGCCGCCUUCUGCUCGUGUGUGUUCCACUUCACUCAGGAGCUGGACGAGUUGUGGCCGUUCUGCUCCUUGUUUGAGGCGCUAACGAAGCGGCUGAGCUACUGCGUGAGGGCGGAGCUUAUACCUCUGAUGGAGGUGGCGGGCGUCAUGGAGUCCCGGGCCAAGCAGCUGCACGCCGCCGGCUACAAGACGCUGACCCACCUCGCCAACGCUGACCCCGUCCUCCUGGUCAGGAGCGUGGAACACCUCAACAGGAAACAAGCCAAUCAGAUGGUGGCGUCGGCCAAAAUGCUGGUCAAAGAGAAGGCGGCGGCGCUGCAACAGGAAGUGGACGAGCUGCUCACGCUGCCAGCUGACCUGCCGGAUAAAGAUGACCGUUGGUUGUUUUGAACAUUUUUAAUAGAAUAAAAUAUUUAUCUUCCAA